AUGUGGAAACUCCUACUUCAGAGACUCCUAGUUCUAAUGAGACUCCUAGUUCUAAUGAGACUCCUAGUUCUAAUGAGACUCCUAGUUCUAAUGAGACUUCUAGUACUGCUAUUUGUGAGAAUGAUUCUUCUGGGCAUAGCUCUGUUAACUUUACUGAAAAAUUGCAAUCUGAAGCAGACACAGUUGUCAGUAGAUUGUAUUCCAAAUCCAAACUGCCUCGCCAACAAAUUUGCUGAUAACAAUGAAGUUUUAAAUGCACUAUCUUCUGAAAUAUGUCAAUUUAAAGAUCCAUUCUCUCACUUGUCUACAGAAUACCGUCGACUGAAAUAUUUUAAAAACCUUGGAGACUUCAUUCCUCCUGUUUCAUAUCAGAUUGGGAAAUUGGAUUAUACUGUUAGUAGUGACAAUGGUCCUGUUUUGAAAACUAAAACAUGUACUGGUCAAAGUGUGCCAAUACAUAUUGUUUUAAAAAAGUUUCUUGAAGUUCCCAAUAAUUUUAGUACUAUUGUUUCUCAUAUGAAAUCCUUAAAAAAUGGUAAUGGUGAUUUUAAAACCAACUUCAUACAGUGUAAACUUUGGGAGAAACGGCGUGCUAACUUUUCCACCUCUGAUAUAGUACUGCCUCUUCAUACUUAUUAUGAUGAUUUUCAAUGCAACAAUUCACUCGGUUCCCAUGUUCUCAAUUUGGGUGGUGUUUAUGUUCAAAUCCCCUGCCUCCCAGAGGAGUGUCAGAGUGCUGUUGAGAACAUUUUUCUUGCUCUUCUGUUUGAAUCAGAUUAUCGGUCCAAACUUUCUGAUGAAAAAGUCUUUGCUCCACUAAUUUCUCAAUUGAUUCAUCUAGAAAAAAACGGUAUUCUUAUUGAUCUUCCAGAAGGCGAGGUGAGAGUUUAUUUUGUAACAGGUUUACUUCUGGGUGACAAUAAGGGUCUUAACUCCAUAUGUGGUUUCACUGAUUGUUUUUCGGCACUCUUUUGCUGCCGCUUUUGUAAGUGUCACAAAAAUGAUCUGCAUUUUCAAACUUCUGAGAACAGUGCCCUCCUAAGAACUGAAGAUUCUUACAACAUUGAUGUAGAAAUUAAUGAUGUUUCUGCCACUGGGGUUCUAAAGAAUUCUGUUUUUAACAAGCUACCAUCUUUUCAUGUAUGCUCUAAUUUCAGUGUUGAUAUUUUUCAUGAUUUGAACGAAGGUUGUUGUUCUUACGUAAUGAUUCAUGUUUUGAAACAUUGCAUUCCUGAAUAUUUCAGUCUUGAACUCUUGAAUGAUAGAAUUAAGCUACUUGCAUAUGGGCCUUGUGAUUCAAAUCGCAUGCCUCAAGUCUCUCUUGGUAAAGCUAAGUUGCGAAUGUCCGGAUCUGAAAUGAUGAUGUUUGUUCAAAUGUUUGGGCUGUUGGUCGGUGACAAAGUUCCAAACUAUGACAGACAUUGGGGCUUAUAUUUAAAGCUUCGUAAAAUUGUAUCUCUUUGUUUAUCUAAAUCAGUACCUGUGCACCAAUCUGUAUACUUAAAGGUCCUCAUUGAAGAAUUCAAUACUUUAUAUGUGGAAGUGACAGAUGAUAAUUUAAAACCAAAAUUUCAUAAUUUGGUUCACUACCCAACUAUUUUAAAGGAAAGUGGGCCAGUUUCUCAUCUCACUACUAGUCAUUUUGAACGUAAGCAUCGCACACUUUUGAUGCCUGCUCACGCUACUGAGUCACGCAGGAAUAUAGCUCUAACUGUGUCUAUACAGCAUCAGCUACAACAGUGUUACCGGUUUCGAUCAAAAAUGCCUUUGUUGCCUAAAAUCAAGUAUGGCCAUCUGUGUGAGGAAUUUCUGUCUGAUCUUAAAAAUACUAGUUUUGUGGAAUCUUUACCUACUAGUAUGCAGAGUCUUAAGUCUUUUGUUACCACCAGCUGGGUUAAUAUUAAAGGCACUAAGUAUGCCCCUGGAAUGGUGCUCCUGUUGAAAGCAGAGCCUGUAUCAUUUGGCCUGUGUGAAGCUAUACUUGUUCAUGAUGAUGACAUCAUUUUUAUAUUUUCUCGUUUGAUCACUAUUGGUUUUGAUGACCAUAUUGAUGCAUAUGAAAUUAAUUUCUCCAAUGAAUGGUCUAGUAUUAAGGUGAAUGAAUUGUAUGAUUACUUACCAUUAAGUAUCCACACAUCAUCUAGUCUUGAUAAAAGUUAUGUUUUACCUAGAUAUCAAUUGUAA